ACAGAGGCGUAGCUGCUUCUUCCAGAACAAAAAGAGACAGAGAGAGGGGUUUUUGUGGCCAGGUGCUAAGUGAAAGACAAAGGGCCAAGAGAACACGAAAAAUAUUCCUCAAUUUGUUCGGCGCUCUUCAUUCUCGCACUCGUUCCUCCCUUUUAGGGCUUCAAUUGUUUCUCAUAUGGCCUGAAUUUCAAUUGCGGUUUUCAAUUUCUCAACUCUAAAUCACUGACAGUUCUCAGUAGGUAUUAAGAUCUCGAGUCGGUAUAAUGGGUGCGCCUAAGCAGAAGUGGACAUCGGAAGAAGAAGCUGCUCUAAAAGCUGGCAUUCACAAAUACGGACUAGGAAAAUGGAGCACCAUUCUCAAAGAUCCAGAAUUCAGCUCAGUCUUGCACUCGCGCUCCAAUGUUGACCUUAAGGACAAAUGGAGAAAUUUGAAUUGCAUGGCAAAUGGAAUGGGAUCUCGGCACAGAGCUAGGGUUCCGAGUAAAAGCCUUCAGCUUACAACAACGCCCAAGCAAGAUGAAGAAACUGCAGCAGGUGAUGCAAUAGUUGAGAAGGAUUCUGAAGUUGUUGAUGUAACUACCCUUGCAACUUCUAGUGAAACAUCGCAGGAUGCAGGUUCCGGAAAAGAAAUCUCGAGGCUGGAUGAUUUUAUAAUGGAAGCUAUAGCGAAGUUGAAGGAGCCUCGUGGAUCUAGUCGGGCAGCAAUUUCACAGUAUAUUGAGGAUCAUUAUCCAGCAACUCAAGAUUUUGAAAGAAACUUGGCUACAAAUUUGAAGAGUUUGACCGAAAACGGACGACUAGUUAAGGUGAAGCAUCAAUACAGGAUAGCACCAAAGUCGAUAUCUUUUGCCGCAAGAAAAGAGCCGACACAAUUGUUGCUUGAAAACGGAGAUAAGAAGGAAUCUUCAGAUGGGGCGGGAAAAAGUGUUGUACUUCUUACGAAAGCCAAGAUUGAUGCUGAGCUGGAGAAAAUGAAAGGCAUGAGCGCACAAGAAGCUGCUGCAGCUGCUGCAAAAGCAGUUGCAGAAGCAGAAGCUGCCAUUGCAGAAGCUGAAGCAGCGGCAAGGGAAGCGGAGGAGGCUGAGGCAGAAGCAGAAGCUGCUCAGUGUUUUGCCGAUGCGGCUCAGAAAGCGCUCAAUUGUCAAAUUAUCCGUGUCUGAAAUCAGGGUGGCAGUAAUUGAAUCUCGAAGUUGGGACGGACCCUUUUGUCCUUUGUCAAGGCUUGUUUACAUGAUGUAUAUAAGUUGUUGCAGUACUAUAAAACCCUAGAAUUUUUGUACAUGUCCAACAGUUUGUUGACGAAUACUUACUUGCGAGGGGAAGUGAACUUGGUAUCUCAAUCGUAUGUUAGAGUUGAUCUAUAUUUCGAUUUUUAUUCCAAAGUUUUCGGCAUCAGUGAUUUACCAAGAAA